UCGGGCUCAGCAGAUCGGUGCGCAAGAAACGGCAGGAGAUCGAGAAGACCGCAAGGCGCAUCGCGAUGCAGCAGGUCCAGCAUCAACCGAGAUCGGCGGGGACAACGAGGCGGCGGCGGUGCGAGAGCACGUCCAUGGGUAUCACCACCUUCGACCUCCUCCCCGGCCGCGGCUUCGGGCCCUUCACCCUCGGGAUGCCUUUACACGAAGCAUUUGCUCAAGUAGAUCAUCAACCUAACAUCUAUGAUGUGGUUCAUGUGAAGUAUUUUGAUGAGGAACCUCUAAAGUUGGAUAUUGUUAUUAGCUUUCCAGAUCAUGGAUUCCAUCUUCGUUUUGAUCCUUGGUCACAGAGACUUCGUCUUAUUGAGGUUUAUGAUGUCAAACGGUUACAGAUGCAAUAUGCAACCAAUUUGAUUGGUGGCCCUUCUAUGCUAGCUACUUUUCAAGCAGUAUACACAUGUUUUGGACCUACGUAUCCUGGAACUUAUGACAAAGAUAGAGGAACUUACACACUAUUUUAUCCGGGUUUGUCCUUUGCUUUUCCCAUUCCAAGCCAAUAUGCAUAUUGCUGCCGAAAUGUGGAAGCAGAGCUGCCUCUUGAGUUUCCUGAUGGAACAACCCCAGUGACAUCCCGUGUCUGUGUAUAUGAUGGUUCUUCAGACAGCAAGGUUGGCGUAGGAUCAAUUUUAAACAAAGCUACAGUACCUCCAUUGCCUGCUGGCAGCCUAUACAUGGAAGAAGUGCAUGCUAAGCUCAGAGAAGAACUAUGGUUCACAGUUGGAAAUGAGCAUAUUCCUUUUGGUGCAUCUCCACAGGAUGUCUGGACUUUAUUAGGAACUCCUUGUGGAAUCCAUCAAAAGCAGGUUGAUCAGAUGAUGAUCCACUCAGCUUCAGACCCUCGUCCGCGUACCACUCGUUGUGGUGAUUACUUCUACAAUUACUUCACUCGUGGUCUGGACAUAUUAUUUGAUGGACAGACUCAUAAAAUCAAGAAGUUUGUUUUACAUACAAAUUUCCCUGGGCAUUCAGACUUCAAUUCUUAUGUGAAAUGCAACUUUGUUAUCUAUGAUGCCGAUGUAGAAGGUAUAAUACAGCCCGGCAGCACAACAAAAAAUUGUAUUACGCCUAGCACAAAGUGGGAACAAGUAAAGGAGAUUCUUGGAGAUUGUGGUCCGGCUGUAAUCCAGACACCAGGUGCGACGAACAGUCCUUUUGGAUCAACAUUUGUCUAUGGGUACCAAAAUGUGGCCUUUGAGGUUAUGAAAAAUGGUUAUAUAGCUACUGUUACUCUCUUCCGAUCCCAAGUUGUAGUCAUCACAAAGAAAUCAGAGCUGGAUGGCAAUGUUAACUUGAAUCGAUGAACUAUGUUGAAAGGUAUGCUAACAUCUGAUCGGCUGUUGGCCUAAACUUCAAGGUUACCAAAUGUAGUCAUUUUAGCCAACAGUUUGUGUACUGUUUAAUCUAAUGCAUCUGAACUGCUGCAGCCUACACUA